AUGGCCUACCACCUAGCAAGUCAGGACAACCCGACGGCUGCGCUAUGUCCGAACGAGAUGAAGAAUGAAGGUGCAGACUCGGCCCAGCAAACGAAAGAUCGGAGGUCUCUGACCCAGAACCUCUUCGAUACUGCGGCGGCAAAGGCAUUGCCAAUGUGGAAACCUUUCGACCCAGCGAUGACCCCGUAUUCUGCAGAAGACGUUGCACUGGCGGCAUCGCACCUCUCCUGCGAGAUCAUGGAAGCUUUGAGAACGCUUAUGAACGAGCACGGCCAGUCGUCAGAAGACCCAUUGUCUCCUCUCCCCAGUCAGCCUAUAAAUCCAGGACCAGCACUGCAAUACGUCAACAGGUCGCUGUUCCAUGGUUUAGGCAACCCGGAUGUUCUGCUGCGGUCCUUUCGCGAGAGCAGCUGGUUGACUGUUCAAACGUCUCCGCUCUCACACCUCGAUCCGUCGACCCUGGAACACACGUUUAGGCCUUGGAGAUCACGCAACCAGUCUCUCAUCUUUAACAGCCUUUGUGCCGCGCUCGACAGUUUGUUUGUUCCGCCCCGUGGAUUGAAGCUCAACCGUAAUCUCCAGGCUGAGGUUGGCCGUGGUUCAAAUCGGCCCGAGGAGCGGUCUCUGAAAGACCGCGACGCCGCGCAUAUCAUCAUGAUCUGUGUUCACGCCUUGACUUCUUUCGUUUCGAAGAACUGGCCGGGCACCUGGAUGCCGCUACGAAGAAUGAGGGGCCGGGACAGAACUUAUCCGGACGUGGACUUCGCACGGGAGACCGUCGGCGGUGAUACCUCACACGUACGCCGCUGGACGAGAGUUGUCGAUGAACUGGAAGAUCCGCUUGCGCUUCGACUGGCUACUAAACUGGUACGAGCUGUCGCCGCGCGAAGGUGCCACUCGGAAAUUCUGAGGAGCUCUGGAGAGAACAUGUUUGACAAGUACAAACCUGAUUUUAGGAUGCAAUUCCCAUUGAUGGAUCUGCUUAUGGAUCAUCUGCGAGAAGUGGAGAAAGAUGCUCGGAAGCGGCAGGCGGCCUUUGAGCACCCGGAACUGGAACUCGAACAUCCUACCGCUGAUCCAGGGUGGACUGUCUCAUCUGUCCUAUUGGACUGGCUCCGGACCAUUGUCCUGAAGAAGUGGGACGGCAAAGCUGAAGUAAAGCGGUGGGAGCCGGUUGGCGCUGCCAUUGAGUUCAUGGCUCAUUUGUACAAACACCGCCACAGCCUUGGACUGAACACCGAGAUGUUCUGCAUGCCUUUUCUUGCGGAUCGGCUGGAUGUAGUCAAGACGCCCAAUGAGUUCUUCAAUCUAAAGAAGCUUGAUCCCAACACUCUCCAUUUGUUGUCCUACCCAUACCUGUUUGUUCCUUCCCAGCUAGUCUGGUACUUCCGUACUAGAAACUACUGUAUAAUGGAGGAGGCGUACUCCGAGGCUUCGUAUGCGAGGAAUUUCAUGGAGCGAAUGUCAUUCGUCGAAGAUGGGGUCGAUGACCCGCGAAUAACCUACCUAUCGCACCGUCUCAAAGCGGCAAUGGCGCUCUAUCUCGUCCUCGAUGUGCGACGGAGCGAAGUACUCAGGGACGCCCUAGAUCAGCUCUGGGGACGAGAAAAGCGGGAGUUGCUUCGUCCGCUCAAGGUCCGUAUGGGUGCUAGCGAAGGCGAGGAGGGCGUUGACCAUGGUGGCGUGUCGCAAGAAUUCUUUCAGGUUGCUCUUGCUGAGGCGUUCGACCCUGAUCACGGUCUAUUCACGGUAGAUCCAAUAACCCGCAUGACCUGGUUCCAGCCAGCAUCGCUCGAACCGCUCUACAAGUUCGAGCUCAUUGGACUGUUGUUCUCCUUGGCCAUCUACAACGGCAUCACGCUUCCAGUCACCUUUCCCUUGGCUUUCUAUAAGCUCAUCCUUCACGAGCCCAUAGAUUCGAUCGAUGCCAUUCGCGAUGGUUGGCCCGAGCUUGCGAAAGGGCUUGAAGCAUUGCUAUCCUGGGACGAUGGGGAUGUGGGAGAUGUCUUCUCCCGAACCUAUGAAUUCAGCUUCGAGACAUACGGGCAGAAGGUGCAUGUUGACAUGACCUCAUUCGCACGAGGGGAUCCCUGGCCUGCGCGCUCCAACGAAGGUGAUCGCCUCCACUCCCCCAAGAUAUUCAAUUGCCUCGGAAUGGAAUUACCCCCCCUCGACAAGCCAUCCUGGUCCCGCAACCACCCGGUCCCUCCUCCAGACGGCAACAUCAGCCCUACCUCCCUCGUCGGCUCAAUGUCCCCUGUCGCGGAAGCGCCACUCGUCACAAACGCCAACCGACACCAGUACGUUUCCGACUACAUCCACUGGCUUACCGAGAAAAGCAUCUCGCCCCAAUUCUCUGCCUUCCGCGGCGGUCUCUCCGCCCUCAUCGACGGAAACGCUCUGACUCUCCUCGACGCCCCCGCCCUCCGCCACCUCAUCGAAGGCACCCAGACCCUCGACACCCGCGCCCUCGAAGCCGUGACGCUGUAUGCAGACGACUAUGACGCGGCUCAUCCGACCAUCCGAGCGUUUUGGGAGGUUGUGCAUGCGUGGUCCCAAUCGCGUCAAAGGCAGCUGCUGGAGUUUGUUACGGCGAGUGAGAGGGUGCCGGUGAACGGGGUCGGGAGUAUUAGGUUUGAGAUCUGUAGGAUUGGGGAGAGUGAGAUGUUGCCGCAGGCUGCGACGUGUUUUGGGAAGUUAUUAUUGCCGGAGUAUCCCAGUAAGGAGGUGCUGGAGAGGAAGUUGGGGGUUGCGGUGGGGGAGUGCAGGGGGUUUGGGAGUUUGUAG